AUGUCCGCCCCCGGCUCAGCGGAUCCGGUGGAGAAUGCACAUGGUACUUCCAAAUCCAAGAAGAAGAGCAAGAAGAAGAAGGGCGCCGGCGGCGGAGGUGGUGGAGCGGGCGCGAAGGUGGAGGAGAGCGUGAAUGGGAACAGCGUGCCCGAGACGCCAGAACCGGAGGCACAGGAGGAGGAUGAGGAGACAGAAACAACAAGUAAUGCGACCCCAAAUAAUCACGACCACGACCCCGACUCCGGACCAGACACCUCCUCACAUACCCUCACAAAUGGCACCACGAGCCCUCCUCCCAGUGGUAUCUCCAAUGCCGUCGCGAAUGCUUUAGCACGCAGCCGCCAGCAGUCCUCCACAUCUCCCCCGACAGCGGACACGGAGGCGAGGCUAGAGGCGCUAGCGCAAGAGCGCGAUUCUCUACGCGCAGAGGUGACCGAACUACGGCGAGGCUUGGAAAGCAUACAGGAGAAGCAUGAGGAGGAGAUUGGAGGGCUGAAGGAGCAGCUAGAUGAGAGUAAUGAGGGGCGGGAGAAUGCGGAGGAGCAAUAUCGGAAUCUGCUGGGAAAGAUCAAUGGGAUCAAGAGGAGUUUGGAGGGACGGUUGCAGUCGGAUAAGGAAUCACUGGAACAAGCCCGCGGCCAAAUCGAGGAGCUGGAGUCAGAGAAUAGAGCCAUGCAAGAGGCGAAUUUGUCACUAAAUUCAGAUAUCAAUGAACUUCGCAAGGAGGCAGAAACACAGGCAUCGGAGAUUGCGAAUCUACGCAGCCGAGCGAGUUUAUCACAGCAGAAUUGGAUUAAAGAGAGGGACGAGUUGAUUGGGCGAGAAGCCUUUGCGCGAGAGGAGUUUGAAAACGCUAAACAGGCGAUGCAGGAUUGGGAAGUAUUGGCCAUGGAUGAGAGAUCAUUAAGGGAGAGUCUUAGUGAUCGAGUCACGGAACUUGAGGAGCAGUUGAGCUCGCAAAAAGAGGCGUAUGAGAGGGCGUCUAGUGAGCGGGAUACGCAGAGUUUGACCGUGGACGGGCUGCAGAGGGCGCUGCAGGAGGUUCAAAAUGCUCGUAAAACAGAACGGCGAGAACUGGUUGAGCAAGCGCAAUCUCAACUUGACGAUCUACGGAAGCAAUUACAAGCUACAGAGACAGCGGCUGAUCUCUCACGGACAACGCUCGAGACCACUCAAAAGGAGCUCGAGCGCGCAUUGCCGUUCGAAAAAGAGGUCAAGGAAAAGAAUCUGCUCAUUGGGAAACUCCGGCAUGAAGCUGUUACAUUGAACGAUCACCUUACGAAAGCGUUGCGGAUGUUGAAGAAGGGGAAACCCGAGGACAACGUCGACAGGCAAAUCGUAACAAACUACCUCCUCCACUUCCUCGCCAUAGAUCGCUCCGACCCAAAGAAAUUCGAGGCACUAAAUCUCAUUUCCGCUCUAUUAAAAUGGACAGACGAACAACGCGAACAAGCCGGUCUCGCCCGCCCAGGCGCCUCCUCAUUGACAGGCUCCCUCCGCAUUCCCCUCUCCCCAUUCCGCCGCACCCCUUCUACCCCCUCACUAACCACCGACACCCUCCUCUCCGCCAACAGCUCCACCAGCAAAGAAACGCUCGCCGAGCUGUGGUCGAACUACCUCGAGCAAGAAGCAGCACAGGAAAGCGUCCCCGGUGCCAGCUCGCGGAGAGGGAGUAAAGCUGCGGAUUUGAAGACG